CUAGGUAAGGCAAAAAUAGCAUUUAUUAAAGAAGAGAAAAUCCUAUUACCCGGUUUUUGCAAAAGCAAACAAAGAGUUCCUAUAAAAAAACCUGUUGUCUAACAAACACACUUUCUACGCAUUACACCACGUCAACCGUAUAUUUAUAACUACUACCACAUUAACGCAACAACAGAACCCCGCGACCGAACUCGAUGCCACGGUAUGCUAAACGAUGGCUGGUGGCUCGAAGAGAAUUAUACCAAAUGGCAGCCAUCUGGCUGUAUGCCACACACAUACGCACCACAAGAGAUUUCCAACUGCCUGAACCACUCGCGAGUGCUGUAUAUUGGCGACUCGAUCAUGCGAGAGCAGUUCUACUCGAUGACCAAGUUUGUGCAGGGCAUCGAAACCAAGGGCCCCUUGCACAUUGACCGGAAAUACCACUCGAAAGAACUGGAUAUGUCGUAUGAAUUUUGGUGGGAUCCCUACAUCAACUCGACCCGUACCUGGGAAAUGCUGAACGCUACCGACCCGAUAAACCGGCCGAGCUUGCUGGUUAUUGGCAGUGGUGUGUGGUACAUGCGUCAUCUGAAGGAACACUACUUUGAUGAAUGGCGGGUUGUCGUCGAUCGAGUCAUGACCGCCGUUCAGGCAUCCAAUCAAGUGGCCGACGCCGUCAUGCUUUCGCCUGUCGAAAUCCCACAGUUUGAUCUCCUCAAUGAUGUGCGUCGUGAAACAAUGACCAUGGACAAAAUCACCAAAAUGAACAACUAUCUCAAGGCCAAGGAACCUACGUUGUCGCCUCAAACACCUUUUGUCAUUCCUUUUGCUUGGAACGAGAUUUGUUCGAGUACGGUCAAUAUCACCGAUGAUGGUCUUCACUAUAAGCCCGGUGUCACUGCGGUCCAGGCCUCUUUGGCUCUCAACUACCGCUGCAAUGAUCUGCUUCCGAAGCAUUUCCCCAUGGAGAAUACGUGUUGCACACAUUAUCCGGUUCCCGCUUGGUAUCAAAACACGAUCCUACUGUUCUUUUUGCUCUGGGUGCCUAUUGGCUUCUAUGUGCUUAGCAAUGGAUCGCAUCUGAAAUUCAUGCGCCGAUUCUACCCAUCCGAAACUCCGGUGCUUGCUUCCCUGUUUAUAUUCGGUUUGGGUGUAGUGUACAUGUACUUUGGCGAUCGCACCCAUUUGUUUGGCAAGGUGAUGAAAUCGUUCAACGCCGACCAGUUUACAUGGCUGAUGAUUGCCACCUUACUCGGCGGCCUUGUCUCAUUGCGUUCCAAGAAGGAAGGCGACCAAGGCUUCCUGAACCGUGCCCAGACCGACGAAUGGAAGGGAUGGAUGCAGAUCAUCAUUUUGGUGUAUCAUUUCUUGGGUGCAUCGCAAACGGCUGGUAUCUACAAUGUGAUGCGUGUCCUCGUUGCUGCCUACCUGUUCCAGACAGGCUAUGGCCAUUUCUUUUUCUUUUACAAGAAGAGUGAUUUUGGCCUUGUCCGUGUCCUGAACGUGAUGGUCCGCCUCAACCUGUUGACGUUUGUCUUGAUGUAUGUAAUGGACACCAACUAUCUCAGCUACUACUUUACGCCGCUCGUGACAUUCUGGUUUGGCGUGAUCUGGGUUACAAUGUACAUUGGUCAUGGGGCCAACAAGAUUGUCUGGUUUGUGCUGCUCAAGAUUGCCAUCAUGGGCGUUCUUACUGGCGUGUUUAUCCAUUUGCCUGGCGUUCUGGAGGGUACAUUUGAUGUGCUCGAGUUUUUGUUCAACAUCCACUGGGAUGCGGUCGACUGGCGUUUCCGACUGGCACUGGAUGCUUGGAUUGUCUAUGGCGGCAUGAUCUUUGCGCUGGCCACGAUCAAGUUUUCGGAACACAAGCUCCACGAGCACCGAUUGUGGCCGAUCUUUAAGAUCGUCGCAGUGAUCAUUUCGUUCCUGGCCAUGGUCUGGUAUUUCAACUUUGAAUUGUCGCAGCCCAACAAGAAGGCCUACACUGCGUACCAACCCUACAUUUCAUGGAUCCCUAUCUUGGCAUUUGUCACGCUGCGCAACGCAACCGUACGACUGCGAAACACGACCUCGAGAUUUUACGAAUUUAUCGGCAAAUGCUCGUUGGAAACAUUUAUCGGCCAAUUCCACAUGUGGCUGGCUGCAGAUACCAAGGGUCUGUUGAUUGUGUUGACGGAUCCUACGUGGGCUCAAGGACUCGGCUGGUGGUUCAAUUUGGCAGUGUCCAGCUGUCUGUUCUUGUUUGUUUGCUAUUAUCUUAACCAAACGACAGGUGACAUUACAAAAUGGAUCGUCACGUCGUCUUCAUCCAACAAGAACGAAAGUGCACCUGUGCGCUUACCGCAGCAGGAACACCAGCAACAUCCUAACGACGAACAGGAUGUACCGCUCCUCCCGACAUCCUCGGCGAGCAGUAACCAGGAAAUCAGCAACGAUGACGGCAAACCGGAACAGACGUCACUCAUCGGUCACCAUGACGACGAAGAGGCAUGGGGAGCAGCGUCGGGCACGGGUCAACAAUCGCGAUGGCGACGAUGGAUCGGUUGUGUUUGCGGCGACCUUCGACUCAAAACAGUCGUGUUCCUCGCAUGUAUGGGCAUCAUCAACCGGUUCUGUUAAUUUUACUUUUGUUCUAGAAUUCUUCAUAUAUAGUCUUUUUUUUAUUAUCAUUUUCUCUUUUACUUUUUAAAUACGUUCCCGAACAUCCUAACCUCGCGCUGCCAUUAUCUCCCUACUAUCAAACUACUUGAAAAACGCGCAUACACACAACCACACAUAUCUGUCUCUCUAUCCCGCACAUCAACAUUCUACUUUAUUCACACGCACGCACGCACAUACGUACGCUUGACAUACACACAACAGCACCACCCCCAUUACCACACACACCAACCUACUUUGAGUGCACGUAACCCACUCUUCCUUGUGACAUCAACCCACAGCCUUCUCUCUCUCUCCCAGCUCGCUAUUUCCUUUUUCUUUCUUUCUUUGACACACCAAUUCGCAUGCAACACAGAGUUAGUAAACAAUAAACAAAAUUCGCUUUGGCAUUUCACGGAGCACG